AUGCGACCAAUCAGUCUGAUUUUCGAGGACCCGUUAUCUUCCUACGGUUAUCCGCGCUCUGACCUCGAGACAACGGCUGAGGAAAAGCUUUCCUCUCUGUGUGCCAACUGGACGCUUGAGGGUGCGGAAGAUCUCCGGGAAUGGUACUCCGUCAACGUCGACAGUUUGGACAUGGAAUUGUCAGACUUGCGUGAAUCGGAAAACAAGGCUGCACCUUCCGUUGCGUCAACGGACACAACAGGGGGUAGGCGUCGCCGCAAGAGAGCCGAGUACUACAACACACUGCGUCGGUUGAAAGUAUGCAUCAUACACGGUGUCUACGUGAAGGGGGGUUCUGAGCUUGACAAGGAGAUAGGAUUUGAGAAACGGAACCUCUUUGAAGGGUGGAAAACUAAACUUGAGGAGAAAUAUGAAGACAGUCGCAAGGUACUGCCUGAUGACUCUGCGUGGAAAAAGCUCUGGAACGCUUGCUGGGCUGCCAGGGUCGACCCGAGAGAUCUCCAAGGAGGAACGAUGUUCGAGUGGUUCUGCUCAUUGCUCGAGCAAUUGAGUUCCAUCGAAACUCCAGAGGCCGCCCCUGAAGACACCCUGUUCAGUCCCGCUCUGGAAAACGGGGACGGAGCGCAGGGCAAGGCUGACAGAGUUUGGCUGCAACUGAAGGGGGUUCUCGAACCUAUCGAUCCUCCUCGAUUGCGCAAUUUCAGGUCAUCCCAUGCCGAAGCGCCUCCGAUGUCUACACUAUCUGUAUUAGCUUCAAAAGCGGACACCGCCCAGCCGAAACCUGAUUGGCUGGAAGUUGCCGAUCGGGGUAAUGCUGUCAUCGCGGCCAAAGCUUACAAAAACGGAAGAAAGUCUUCCUGGGGGCUGGACGGUAUCUCCUUGGCGAUGGUUCGGAACGACCUCGAGAAGCACAAGGCAGCUUAUGAGGUAAAGAAGAAAACCUCACUUCGUGACCUCGACCUGGAACUCUUAGCGAGCGCAUGCUUCGCUUCCGGAAAGCUCAGAACUCUGUCAGAGAGGGGCUUCGAAUAUUUCAGUGAAGAACUAGGCGUAGUUAAAGAUGCGAUCCAAACGCCAUCUGGGUCUUCUGCAACCUGCACCGCCGAAGACAUGGGCAAGGCCGGAAAAAUCAAAGUUGAUUAG